GGCAGACCUUGAGCUGUGGCCAGUGUAACCUUGCCCUACCAAUGCUGUGACUACCAGACAGACGACCAGUGACAAUGGCUGUACAGCUUCUCCUCGCUCUUGCCUCCUGUGUGGCGGUGCACGCCCAAACAGUUCCCAACUUUGGCAAUGGUCUGGUGAUGGGGUACAUCGGUACGCCGAUCAUAGACGAGGCGUCUGGUCUGGCGGCAAGCCAGCUUCACGAGGGGAUCCUAUACACACACAACGACCACGGUGACGCCCCUCACAUUUAUGCUAUCAACGCCAGUGACGCAUCCCUCGUUUCCACCCUCACCAUUGGCAGUGGGGCCACCAACCAUGACUGGGAAGACGUGGCCGUGGGACCAUGCUCAAAUGGAGCGACCACCUUCUGCAUCUAUAUUGCAGACACCGGUUUCUCAAGUGCCAAUGCCGAGGUGGCUAACAUCAUCUACCGUGUCCAGGAACCAGCCAGCUUGACUGACAAAUAUCAAACACUCACAGUAGACAGUACUCUUAAAUUCAACUGGACGGAGGAAGAGUCCCAAGCGGUCAUGGUUGAUCCUCAGGCCAAUGUGUACAUCGUGUCCAACGUUCUGGGUGGCCGGGGUACGUUUUUGAAGCUGCCUCCUGCAUGGGGCCAAGCUGUUCCUACCAAUGUGGCCAGCACAACUACUUUACUUAUACGCACUUCACACCACGACCCCACAGCAGCCGAUAUCUCUCCAGAUGGCAAAAGGCUCCUCAUCAAGGCCAAAUAUCACGUAUACUACUGGAACGUGCCCGACGGUGACUAUCUGGCAGCCGUCACCAAACACCCAUACGAGCUUCCGUACAUACACGAGUCACUUGGGGAGUCCAUUUGUUGGAACUACAAAAGUGAUGCGUACUUCACCCUCGGGGAGGGACACUACAAACCCUUGUACCAAUACCAGUCUCGCUCGUAGGACCAAAGUUUGGUCGUCACCUAGCUCUGUACACGCAACAUUAAAAUAACACUUGUUUAC